CCGCUGCCUCCAGCCAGGACAGCAGCCGGAACAGCAGGGGGAGGAGCAACAGCUGCUGAAUUCGCCAACUAGAGGAGGGGGAGGCGGAGCUUGGGUCCCUGUAGCAGCCGAAGGCGCAGCCUGGACUGUAGUUUCCCGGGAGAGAGCAGGAACGGGAGCGGAGCGCAGUCCUUGGAAGCCUCAGGUCCAGCAUCCCGCCAGGGGUUGCAGGUGUGUGGGAGGUUGGCACACCACAAAACUUCUCCGGGUAUUUUACCUCAGUUCUCAGCCUUUCGGGGUGAACUUAAGUGUUAGUGAAUGAUCGCGCGAUGAGGCUUGAGAUUAUUCCAGCAUGGCUUUUCUUGGACUCUUCUCUUUGCUGGUUCUGCAAAGUUUGGCUUUAGGGACCACUUUCACUGAUGAAACCAUUGCUGAGUUGUCAGUGAAUAUGUAUAACCAUCUUCGAGCCACUGGGGAGGAUGAAAAUAUUCUCUUUUCUCCAAUGAGCGUCACCCUUGCAAUGGGAAUGUUGGAACUUGGGGCCCAAGGGUCUACCCUGAAAGAAAUCCGUCACUCAAUGGGAUAUGACAGCCUGAAAAAUGGUGAAGAAUUUUCCUUCUUAAAGGAUCUUUCUCACAUGGUAACUGCUGAAGAGAGCCAGUAUGUGAUGAAAAUUGCCAAUUCCCUCUUUGUGCAAAAUGGAUUUCAUAUCAGUGAAGAGUUUUUGCAAAUGAUAAAGAAGUAUUUUAAUGCAGAAGUCAGUCAUGUGGACUUCAGUCAAAAUGUCGCUGUGGCCAACUAUAUCAAUAAGUGGGUGGAGAAUAACACAAACAGUCUGUUGAAAGAUUUGGUAUCCCCAAGGGAUUUUGAUGCUGUCACUCAUCUGGCCCUCAUCAAUGCUGUCUAUUUCAAGGGGAGCUGGAAGUCACAAUUCAGACCUGAAAAUACCAGAACUUUUUCCUUCACUAAAGAUGAUGAAAGUGAAGUCCAAAUUCCAAUGAUGUACCAACAAGGAGAAUUUUAUUAUGGGGAAUUUAGUGACGGGUCCAAUGAAGCUGGUGGCAUCUACCAAGUGCUGGAAAUACCAUACGAGGGAGAUGCCAUAAGUAUGAUGCUGGUAUUGUCCAGACAGGAAGUUCCACUGGCCACACUGGAGCCAUUGGUUAAGGCACAGCUGAUUGAAGAGUGGGCGAACUCUGUGAAGAAGCAAAAGGUGGAGGUGUACCUGCCCAGGUUCACAGUGGAACAGGAAAUUGAUUUAAAAGAAGUUUUGAAGGCUCUUGGAGUAACUGAAGUUUUCAUCAAAAAUGCAAAUCUGACAGCCUUGUCUGAUAACAAAGAGAUUUUCCUUUCCAAAGCAAUUCACAAGUGCUUCAUAGAGGUCAAUGAAGAAGGCUCAGAAGCUGCUGCUGCCUCAGGAAUGAUUGCAAUUAGCAGGAUGGCUGUGCUGUAUCCUCAAGUUAUUGUCGACCAUCCAUUUUUCUUUCUUAUCAGGAACAGGAGAACAGGUACAAUCCUAUUCAUGGGACGAGUCAUGCACCCUGAAACCAUGAACACCAGUGGACAUGAUUUUGAGGAACUUUAAAUCAUUUUAUUUGAGUAACAAAGAAAACAGUAACUAAGCACAUUAUGUCUGCAACUGGUAUAUAUUUGAGACUUGUGUUUUACAAUAUAUCGGAAAAUAAUAUUUAAAAUAGUUCCUGAUAAAAAUAAUGUAUGUAAAUUAUAAGCCAACUUGUCAAGGAAUGUUAUCAGUAUUAUCGAGGCAAUGGUCCUGUCAUUUCAUUGUGUUUGUUGUGCUAGUAUUUAAAAUAAAAGUACACAGUGAACAUGUCAA